AAAAAAAGGAAAAUAUCACUGGUAAACAGACCCUUAUCUCAAUUUCAGAUUUGUGGUCAUCAUCGUGCUAUCAUCAUAGACGAGAAGUCGAGAACCAUUGAAUGGUAUUCCUGAGGGGAUUUUAGAUUAUUACACAAAAGAACACCAAUCUUGAUGGCGUCUGAAGGUAAAUGAUGGCGUCUGCGCAGUGUGUUCUGACUUCCAUUGUUGGCAAGAAUUUGAACAGCUCUGUUCCGAUGAGUUAUCCGAGCAUUUCCAGUAUGCCUGGUUUUGAUAGUCUGAGUUUGCGGAGAAAGAGUAUCUGUCCUAAUUCAUUUUCAGGAUCGAGAGAUGCCAUCAAUGAUGAUAAGAAGUCUAAGCAAAGGAAGCAUACUGUUGAUCCUGGUGCCCCAAAUUUUCUCCCCCUCCCUUCAUUUGAAGAGUGCUUCCCAAAGAGCUCAAAAGAGCACAAGGUGAUUGUUGAUGAGCAAUCUGGUCAUGUUUUGGAAGUCCCUUUUCGGCGCAUCCACCUGACAGGAGAUGAACCACAUUUUGACACUUAUGAUACUAGCGGUCCACAGGAUGCUAACCCCCGUGUUGGACUCCCCAAGCUGCGCAAAGAGUGGAUCGACAGAAGGGAGAAGUUGGGUGGGCCGAGAUACACUCAAAUGUUUUAUGCAAAAAAUAACAUUAUAACUGAAGAGAUGAUAUUUUGUGCUGCCCGUGAGAAUCUUGACCCAGAGUUUGUGAGAUCCGAGGUUGCCCGUGGGCGAGCAAUCAUUCCCUCAAACAAAAAGCACCUAGAGCUCGAGCCAAUGAUUGUGGGAAGGAACUUCUUGGUCAAAGUCAAUGCCAACAUUGGAAACUCAGCCGUUGUGAGUUCCAUUGAGGAGGAAGUGCACAAACUACAAUGGGCAACGAUGUGGGGUGCAGAUACUAUCAUGGACCUCUCCACUGGCCGUCACAUCCAUGAGACCCGUGAAUGGAUCUUGCGCAACUCUACUGUCCCCGUGGGGACUGUACCAAUCUACCAAGCAUUGGAAAAAGUGGACGGUAUCGCUGAGAAACUUUCUUGGGAAGUUUUUAGAGAUACAUUGGUUGAACAAGCUGAGCAAGGGGUUGAUUACUUCACCAUCCACGCUGGAGUAUUGCUUCGCUAUAUUCCCUUGACUGCAAAGAGAAUGACUGGGAUUGUUUCCCGUGGAGGUUCCAUACACGCAAAGUGGUGCUUGGCCUAUCACAAGGAGAAUUUUGCUUAUGACCAUUGGGAUGACAUUCUGGACAUAUGCAAUCAUUAUGAUGUAUCGUUGUCUAUUGGUGAUGGGCUGAGGCCAGGCUCCAUUUAUGAUGCAAAUGACACUGCUCAAUUCGCCGAGCUCUUAACUCAAGGAGAACUUACCCGUAGAGCUUGGGAAAAGGACGUGCAGGUCAUGAAUGAAGGACCUGGACACAUUCCCAUGCACAAGAUUCCAGAGAACAUGCAAAAACAAUUGGAGUGGUGUAACGAAGCACCUUUCUACACUCUCGGACCACUCACCACCGACAUAGCACCCGGAUAUGACCACAUAACCUCAGCCAUAGGUGCAGCCAAUAUUGGAGCACUGGGCACCGCCCUCCUCUGCUAUGUCACUCCGAAAGAGCAUCUUGGCUUGCCUAACCGGGAUGACGUGAAAACGGGAGUUAUAUCAUAUAAGAUAUCUGCCCAUGCGGCUGACCUUGCAAAGGGUCACCCUCUUGCACAAGCGUGGGAUGAUGCGAUAAGCAAGGCAAGGUUUGAGUUCAGGUGGAUGGAUCAGUUUGCACUGUCACUUGACCCUGUCACCGCAAUGUCCUUCCACGAUGAAACCCUGCCAUCAGACGGUGCUAAGGUGGCGCAUUUCUGCUCCAUGUGUGGGCCCAAAUUCUGUUCUAUGAAGAUCACUGAGGAUAUACGGAAGUAUGCUGAUGAGCACGGGUAUGGGAGCCCAGAGGAAGCGAUCCAGCGUGGGAUGGACGCUAUGAGUGCAGAGUUCAAAGCAGCAAAGAAAACUGUGAGUGGGGAACAACACGGUGAAGUUGGUGGGGAAAUCUAUCUCCCCAAAACUUACAUUGACCCUUUGAAGAUCUAAAGGAGGAUAAGUAUGCAUGUCUGAGUGAACUGCUACUUAGGAGUUCUACAAGCCAUCCAUGGCACAUGGGGCCCACUCAAACAAGUUUCAAGAUCUUGAUCCCUUCCUCAUAAGGGUGUCUGGAUCAGCCAGGAUGCUCUCUGGCUGAAACAGGCUGAGAAAGUCCCUUUGAACCUGAACAGGAUAAUACCUGCGUAGGGAGAGUGCCUUUUUCUUUCCCUCUUCUGUCUUUUGCUGACAGGGAUAUCUAGAUAUACGGCGAGAUUACGACCACAGGCUUGUUUGACCACAACAACUUUCGGAGUAAAGUUUCCCCAGCAUUACUGAUCUGCUCAGUCGCACGCAGAGUUAUUGAUAUCUUGCAUCAUGGUAAAAUGACGACUUAACAUAAAUACCUCCUUUCUUUAAUAGUUGCAACACUUUAAAUUUUACUUUAUUCACAAACCUUACUUCUACCAUGAUUUUCUACUAAUAUGCGGAGUUAUAAUCAAAUUAUUAUGUAUAAAUAUUAUUAAAUUUCUCUUAAUGUGAACCUCCAAAAAUAUUAAAUUUUAUAAUGUUUUGUAAUUAAAUAUAAUUGUAGUCAAUGUUGUGCUUGGCAAAUGUGAAAGUCAAAGUGUUGCAAUUAAAAAAGAAAGGAGGUAGUAUUUCAUUUGGAUUCAAGGGAAAUCAGUUUUCUUGGAUUCAUACCGGUGUUAUCUGUUAUCCAAUUUGAGGUGAAUUUGCGACUUUAAGAAGUUUAUACUUUCAUGUACAUAUGUGUACACAAGAAAAUGUGUUAAUGCACAUCUUAAGGCAUUCAUGGGGGGAUCCAGGGCAUUAGGCCGGUACAAAGACCGGAUUUUUUACACUAAAAGUAUAGGCAUUUUUUAAAUUUGGGCUGGGCCGGAGCCUAGGUUGGCCCACUAGCUACGCCCCAUGAAGGCAUUCAUGACCCCUUUUGAUGUCCUUUAAAAUAUUUUUUUAUUAUAACAGUACAUUUUAGUAGGGAGUUUUAUUAUUAAAAAGAAAUUUGUAGAUACAGAAAGUCAGAAAUACAAGUGUGGUAGGUGGUUUUCUCCAGUUGUUUAUUUGUAUUUACUCUGAUUCCUCUUGUUUUUGAUACUUUUGAUGGAUUUUUGGAACUUCAAAACCAGAGAAUGACUUUGAGAAAGUUUUCUGUUUAGUUGCAUGAAGCUGUCAUGCUGAGAUUUAUUUAUGGUAGAUUCUAUGGUACAUUGGUACCCAUAAGAUACCAUACCUUUGUCCACAUGGACCAAUGAGAAUGUAGCAGUUGAAUUAUUUAAAUCUAUAUUAAAAAUGAUAAAGUGAUGUGGUCCAAUCAAAUGAAUGAUAGGUACGGUAUCCCAUAUUUUACAAAGGUACCAGAGUUGUCACCUUUAUUUAUUUGCGAUAAGUUAGUAUUUGGGAGUGCCCUUUUUAGCUUCGUUUCAUUUCCUCGGAUCCUUCACCAGCAAGUCUCACCCCAUCAAAAUCCAAGAGCGUUAAGUUCUUACCUGGUUAAUACUCCGUAUAAUUUUAAGUCGUUUUUUUUUUCUUGGGAAAACUGUCAAAUAGGUCCUCGAACUUUCAUAAAAAAGUCAAUUAAGUUCUUCUAUAGGAGGUACUGUCCGGCCGUCGCGAUUUGGGGUAGUUCCCGGUGGAAUUUUUUGAUGAAAAUUUCUAAGCAUCUUAUUCACCAAGUCUAGUUUACUCAUACCAAAUUUCAGCUAAAAAUUCAAUCGGGAACAAAUUCAAAUUAAUUCGUGAAGAUAACUGCGCAUUUUUGCGUUAUCGAAUUAAUUUGAAUGCGCUCCCGAUUGAAUUUUUUGCUGAAAUUAGAUAUGAGUAAACUAGACUUGAUGAAUAAGAUGCUCAAAAAAUUUCAUCAAAAAAUUCCACCGGGAAGCGCCCCAAAUCGCAACGACCAGACAAAGUCUCCUAUAGAAGGACUUAAUUGACUUUUUAAUGAAAGUUCGAGGACCUAUUUGACAGUUUUCCCUUUUUUCUUAUUAAAGUUUAGCUGAUUCAUUUGGUCAAAAAUCAUCUUUUUGGCAAUAAGCAACUAAGCAAGUAAAGAUGCACUUAAUAAGCUGGAGAAAGAAGUCAUUCACCGAAACGGUUUGAAAUCCGACAUUAGUUCUAACUUCUAAAAAACCAAUUACCUUUAACCUGUUGGCACGUAUAUGUUUUAGAAAUAAUCUCAUACCCUCUAUAUUAUCUUCGACCAUCAUCUCGGAAAUCGGAAUAUGAUCUUUUGUGUGCCUUGUAUUAACUAAUUAAUUUUAGUUUAACAAAUAAUCUCAUAAUAAUAUGGCGUGAUUGGUGUCACAUAUUUAUCUCAAAUUAUUCUACCAAAUAACCUUGCAAAAAAAUCUCUCUAAUUCAACUGUGCUCCCGGGCAAAUUAUACCGUGGGAUCGGUGCACCAUCCUCAUGGUGUACCGAUCCCAAAACCAUAUAAAUUUUGUCCGUGUUAAUUAAAUUCCGCAAGAUUAAAAAGAGGCUCUGUGCGUUUCUUCUUGAGAUAGAGCAUUGGACGUUGGUCAUAAACUACCGCCGACGAGGAAGUGGCGGCAGUGCAACAGCUCAUUCACAAAGCGGCGGCGAGAGCCUUGAUGGCAGCUUUGAUGCUGACGAGCAGAUCCCACUGGAAGAUUUAGUACAGAUUGGUCAAUCUCGUCUUCCUUCAUGUCCAGGCAGUCCAGCAACUUGUUCGCAGUGAAGCCGUGCUCUGCUAUUUGGGCGGCGGUGUAGUAUACGGAGUAUAAGUUUCUGAAGUUUGCUUUAAUUUGUUAAUAUAAACCAGAGAUUGCUUUAAUUUGUUAUUAUUUGUUAAACCAUAUUAACAAAUUGUUAAUAUGGUUUCAAAAGAAGUUUCUUAAUUUCUUUUACUCAUCACUAUCGGAUGAUAUGAAAUUGGUAAUUAACAUUGGUAAUUAACAGGUGAUUAAAUUUUGAUGUAUGUGAUUUACAUUUUAGUUACACGGUUACACCUUCUCCUGCGCGAGUUACACCUUCUCAUGUACGAGUUACAUAUUUUUAUUCUUGAGUUACAUUAUUUUAUAAACGAGUUGAAGCGCAAGUUACA